AUGAAAUUCCUUGCGAAUCCAGUAGUAACCUUCCCCUUCGCUUGCAAACCUUUCGAUUCGAAGCCUCUGAGACCCAUCAAAGUCUCCGUCCAGACUCCUCCGCCGGACUUCGAUUUCCGCAGCAACGAUCUCGCGUCAGACUCACGCGCCGCAAUCGCAAAAACUUUCCCGGAGCUGCUCGACCUCGCCGAUAACGGGACAUUGAUCCUGGUCCAGAAGCAGAGUUUCGGUCCGACCCCAGCCUGGCGCAAGGAGUUCGUCGAGCCGGAAGCGAUCUGGCUCGUUGGCACUUCCCAUAUCUCGCCGGAGUCUGCUGCCGACGUAGACCGCGUCGUACGCACUGUGAAGCCGGAUAAUGUCGCCGUCGAGCUCUGCCGUAGCAGGAAAGUCGAUUUCCAUGUCCAUUAA